AUGCAUUUCCUUAAACUUUUCGUAUUUGUAGCUCUCCUUGCUGUAGUAUUCGUAUCUGCCGCACCUAAGAAUAAACAAAAUGCUGUAAAUGCAGCAUCAGUUAAUAAUGGUACAGAUACCUCAACUACUGCGGCAUCCACUGCUACAGAUACUCCACAAGUAGCCGCACAAAGCGAUGCCACUAACACUAACAAUACCGCUACUGAUCAAUCAGUAAAUGCUGCUUCUACUACUGAUACUGCUAAUGGCGCUGCUGGUACACCUCAAUGUAAUACUCCGCAGGUUCUUGACGAUAGCAAUCCAGCUACAAGCAUUGGCGGAAAUGUUUGCGAUUAUGGGAAUGCCACGUCUAGUGAAAUCGAAUUUGAAAAUAUGCCAUCAAACGAACAGCAAGAAAGUAAAUUCAUUGGAUCUGCAUCUAACAAGAAUACUUCUGUUGUUGAAAAUUCUCCUGCUAUGAAUUCAUUAAAUGGUGAGACGAAUAAAACCAAACAAAUUAUUUGGGGUUUUCAAGACCCAAAUACUCCACGCGUUAACUGCGGUGCUGUACUCACCAAUAUGCCAUCAAAACCAAAAUUAGGAAUUUGGACUCCUAACCCUGAGAAAAAGGAGUAG